AUGGCAGCUUCCAGUAAGACGCAGGUGUUAUCGCUGUAUCGAAUGCUUUUGAGAGAGAGCAAGAAAUUUCCAUCCUACAAUUACAGGACGUACGCUCUACGCAGAGUACGAGAUGGGUUUAGGGAGAACCGUAAUGUGGAUGACCCAAAAGCCUUGGAGCAGCUGCUGAAUCGAGGGUGGGACAGUCUAGCUGUGAUCCAAAGACAGGUUUCCAUAGGGAAAAUGUAUGAGGUCCAAAGGACCGUCGUAGAACAUGGGGAGAAGAAACCACACUGAUUCACCACAGGAGAGGGCCUACGGGAUGCGAUCUGGUGAGAUGGUGAAGUUUGUUUAGAGGAAUCUUUCUAUUAAUUCCUCUGACUUUCCCAUCAUCCCAGACGAGCACCUGCAUCUGGAUGUAUUCUUUGCGCAAUGAGAGUGAUACUGGAAGGGUGUUCUUAAUGAGCGUAUUCCAUCGUUUCUAUAUUAGCCAGUUCCUCACUUCCUCUCUCCUGCUCUCACACGAUUGGAUGGUUCCUGUGAUCCAGUUCGUGCUGACCUUAACUGUGAUUGGACAAGACUCCGCACAAACUGCCUUCUUUCACGCACACGUGUAGAUUCCUGCUUCAACAUUGUGUACUGUACAUAUUGUUUCUCAAUGUCAUGUAUGAUAAGUGUCAAUAAAGCUUUGUUUAUUUGGG